AUGGCGACACAAACGGCGACCCAGAAGAACCCUUCUUUCAUCCUCCAAGCCAAGGACAAGCUCACCUACGAAGACCGACCAAUUCCCGAACUCCCCUCUCCAUACGAUGUCAUCAUCAGACCACGAUGGACCGGUAUCUGCGGUUCGGAUGUGCACUACUGGGUUGAAGGGCGCAUCGGUCACUUUGUAGUUGAGAAGCCCAUGGUUCUCGGCCACGAAUCAGCUGGUGUCGUACACAAAGUUGGCGACAAGGUCAAGAGCCUGAAAGUUGGUGACGAGGUUGCUAUGGAGCCCGGUGUGCCUUGCCGCCGUUGCGUACGAUGCAAAGAUGGAAAAUACAACCUUUGCCCUGACAUGGCCUUUGCUGCCACACCCCCAUACGAUGGCACACUCGCGCGGUAUUACACACUGCCAGAGGACUUCUGCUACAAACUUCCCGAGAACAUGAGCAUGGAGGAGGGUGCGCUUAUCGAGCCUACCGCUGUCGCUGUACACAUCACAAGGCAAGCUGCUAUCAAGCCCGGAGACUCGGUCGUAGUAUUCGGUGCAGGUCCCGUCGGUUUGCUGUGCUGCGCUGUCGCAAAGGCAUACGGCGCAAAGAAGAUUGUGACUGUAGACAUCAACGACGAACGCCUCAACUUUGCACUCAAGUACGCCGCAAACGCAAGCUUCAAGAGCCAAAGAGUGAGCGCACAAGAAAACGCCGAGAAUCUGAUCAAGGAAUGUGAUUUGGGUUCGGGCGCAGAUGUCAUUAUCGAUGCGUCGGGUGCUGAGCCCUGUAUUCAAACCGCCAUCCACGCGCUACGCAUGGGCGGAACAUAUGUUCAGGGUGGCAUGGGCAAACCCGACAUCAACUUCCCCAUCAUGGCCAUGUGCACCAAGGAACUCAAUGUCAAGGGCUCCUUCCGUUACGGCUCAGGCGACUAUCAAACCGCUAUUGACCUCGUGGCUAGCGGACGUAUCUCAGUCAAGGAACUCAUCACCGGUAAGGUCAAGUUCGAUGAGGCGGAGAAGGCGUUUGCAGAUGUCAAGGGUGGCAAGGGCAUCAAGAUAUUGAUCGAAGGCCCUGCUGAGCAGUAA